AAAAACAUAUUUUUUCAUUGCCGUUUAAUUUACAGGUAGAAAAAAAGGUUAUCUCUUUUGGAAAAAUUAGCCAAAUGUAAAAUUACUGCAUAUAAGAAAUGGUCAUAAAAUAGAUUAUGCUAUUUAGGUAUGUUUUUGUUUUAUGUAUUCAGUUUUUUAUGAUUAGAUUAUGAUUACUUUAUUUUUCAAAUUGGUAACCAAAGGAUGUUCUUAAUAUCUUAUAAGCUUGGUAAUGAUUUCGGUCGAACACAUGAGGACUUAUUGGUUUUCGUGAUUUUAUAAACUUAAAGUGUUUCACUUGCAUACAAAUUUCAUAUCCACUUUUUGUAAUAAUACAAAAAUUCGCUCCUGAAUUUGGAAUUUAAUAAAAAAAUAAAUUUAGUUAAGGCGAAAAAGAAUUGAACCUUGAAAUGAAAGCUAAAAGACUGAAAUAUAAAAAAAUUAAAGUAUUAUUUCAAGGUUCAACUGGGUUUGUAAAAUAAAAAAAAAAUAUUUUAGCGUCCGUGUGACAUGUAAUUUAUAAGUAUUUUUUAAUAACAAACCAAUGAGACCAAAAUCAGUUAGAUUCGCUAAAUUUUCCAAGCAAACAAAUUGGAACUCGAGAUAACAAUCACACAUAACAUUACGAUGACUGAGAAUGCCAAAAAAGUGGAUCCCGCAAUUCUGUGUGUAUGUCCGUCUUUUUUAGAGAUGUUUCGGAUGUGGAUUUACAUCCGCGGUUGCGGGUUUUUUUUUUUUUUGAAAACGGAUUAAAACUUCUAGAACAUCAACUUUAUCAUGAGACCUUAAGAUCUACCAAGUUUCAAGAAAAAAGAUUGCUUCUUCAACGAGAUAAACUGGAAACAAGGUCAAUAUGUCUUCUCCGUUACUUUGGAAUGGCCGAAUAGUCAAAACGUUAACGAACGUAUGCCGUAGUUCGACCUCUGGAUUUAAUCUGUUCUCACAACUGUCGAUUCAACUCUCGUUAUGGUCAUAGAAACAUAGUGAUUUUGGUCUUAUUGGUUUGUUAUUAAAAAGUAAUCAUAAAUCACAUGUCCUUUUAAUAGGCUUUUUUUGUAUUUUUCAGUAUAUUAGCGUUCAUUUCAAGAUAAACUUUUUUUGUAUUAAUUAAUUGGACAUAAUAAAUUUUUGUAUUAAAUCCAAAUUCGGGAAAUUUUUCUGUAAUAUUGCAAAAAGUGCAUAUUCAAAAUUGUAUGUACAUACAUAUAUGAAACCCUUUAAGCUUAUUAAUUCACGAAAAGUCUUCAUGUGGUGGACCGACUUCAUUGACUUAAAGAAAUCCUGUGGUAACCAAUUUGAAAAUUAAAAUAAUCUAACCAUAAAAAAUGAAUCCAUAAAAUAAAACAUAGGUACUUACAUUGCAGAUAGAUUUUAUGAUCUUUUCACAGGAAUAUAGUAAUUAACCUAAUCCCUUCCAAAAGAGAUAACCUUUUUUCUACCUGUUGCGCCGCGUGUUUUUUUUCAAUUCCAAUGGCUAAUUCAACGGCAAUAAAAUUUUCAAAACUUUAAGUCAGGUAGCUCCCUUUUGGAAUUCAUUGAUUAUUUUUCUAAUAAAUACACAAAAUCGGAAAUAGACUUCACAGUCAAACUGAAACCUUCAACAAGUUCAAAUCGAAAAACAAAACAACAUAAUGCAUCACAUUGAAAAUUAUAUUUCACCAGAAGAACCAAGAACAUUAGACGAUUAUUUUGGUUAUGGUAUAAAGGACACACUUGAAGAAAUCGAAUAUAAUAUGGAAGGACUAUCGCUGACAAUUAUUAUGGAACCAUACGAUGAAGAGCGAUCUGAUCUUAAGCAAAUUUUUGAAUAUAAACUGCUAGAGGACGAAGAAAAAGAACUGCAAAAGAAAGAGCACCAACAAGAAGCCGAAAAUACAGUUAAAGUAAAAAUAGAACCAAAAGAAGGGGAAAUAGACAAUUUGCAACUCAAAGAAGAAAUAGAAACCAUUCCUGAAGAAAACCAACCCCAAACGGAUGAAGACCUGUUAAAAUUAAUCAAGCGAAUUGAGUUGCGUCAUAAGGAUUACGACAAUUUAUUCAACAAAGUGAUGGAAAAACUAAAGGAACUUCAAGAGCAGUACAGCGAAAAGCAUUACAAAUUUUCAAUCAUUAAAAGGAACAAUCACUCACACUCGGACAGCCUAUCAGAUGACUCUUCAGACAGCGAAUCGGAUUUGUCUUGUUGUGACGAAGACUCUGACACUUCAUCGGAAUCAUCAAGUGGAAAAAGAAAAAGCAGUUCAGACGAAAGUGAUACAGAAAUAGAUCCAGAACAUAGAUCCAAAAGCCCAUGUUCAAUAGAAUAUCCAUAUUCUGCGGGCCCACUUUCCGAAAUGCUGAUACUUGGACCAAACGGAACGGAAAUCAGUCGAAAGGACUUUGACUCAUUGCGAUGGAAGGAUUCUGCUGGUGCAACAAGGGACCUUUGCAAUGUGAUUUUCGGCGAAGACAUCCUGGCGACACAUUCACUUACUGGAAAUCAAUCACCGGCAUUUCGUGGACGCGAAAGACCAAUCAAAGCUCAACUUGAUUCAAACAAAACGGCUGAUAUUACUCAUUUUAUUUGCUAUAGAUUUAAAGUGACUCCGCAACUUGUAAGAGCAACAAUUACAACUAAAUGUGCUGAUGCUGCCAAGAAAAUUAAACGAAUGAAGCUGAAAAAGGACGAAACUGUUUAAACAUAUAACAGAAAACAGAAACAAAUUAAAAUACAAUUGAUUGAUUCAAAAAAUAGGAUUAGAAAUAAUUUAUAAUAAACAUGUUGAAACAAAUUUUACAAAAAAGCCCUUUUUUUUCAUGCAGUUUUGCGUUAACAAUGAAAAAUUAAAUGUACGACUGGAUCGCACGUACUUGCUCUUGUAGUUCAAAGGAUUAACCAUCUCCAGACCAUCUCCCGUACUAUUUUUGUCUCGUUUCCUUUUUUUGGCUUGUACAUCUCAUACCUACAAUUUAAACACAUUUUCAAAAAUAUCAAUAUUUUUUUCCUAUCAAUCACAUCCAAAAUCGGCACGGUUUUCGUUCUUUCUAUG